AUGGACAAGAAAUCUCUCCACCUGCUGCAACAGCUCAGUGUGAAAAUGUUCCUGCACAGAAGCCUAAUCAGAGGACUGGCGCUUUGGCUUCUGGUGUUAGCGCUCACACAGGAUGCCUCAGGCAAGAGGAAAAAGGAGGCACACAGGAAAAACUACAAACUGCGUGAUGAUGGAGGGAAUGGUGUUAUUUUUGACAGAACUACACAAGCUAAAGGAACUAAAUGUUCUCUGGAAGUGGUUUUCAUUCUGGACAGCUCCGAGAGUGCAACCGCUGAGCUAUUUACAGAGGAGAAGAUGUUUGUGUUGAGAUUUAGCACAGCGCUGUCCAUGCUCCAGGUGAAAGGCUUUUCGCUGAAGAUUCGACUGGCUGCACUUCAGUACAGCAGCUUUGUUUCCAUAGAGCAGCGGUUUACCAACUGGAAAGACCUGGACUCAUUCCAGAGCAAAGUUAACUCCAUGAGCUACAUUGGACAAGGAACCUUCACCACUUAUGCCAUUAAGAACGCUACACAGAUGCUGCUGGAAGAAACAUCGAAGGACGCAGUUAGGAUUGCAGUGCUCAUGACUGAUGGAGUUGAUCAUCCCCGUAACCCUAAAGUGAUACCCGCUGCUAGAGAUGCCAAAAGCUAUGGGAUCAAGGUCUUCACUAUAGGGUUGUCCAAUGUCGCCAUGCAGGGAGAGAGUAAGGAGAAGCUCCAGGCCAUCGCGAGCAUAUCUCCUGGACGUUUUUUUCAUUAUCUGGAGGACCCUCAACUGGAGCAGAAACUGAUCAGAGAGAUGGGGGCUGUAGCACUUGAAGAAUGCCCACCGUGUGUCUGUGAAAAAGGAGAGAGAGGUGUUCCAGGCCUUUCUGGAAGGAAAGGAGACCCAGGUGAUGAAGGACCACCUGGUCUGAAAGGACAGAAGGGUGAGCCUGGAUUAAAUGGUCAACCUGGAAGUGACGGUUCGCAGGGACUUCCAGGUUUUAAGGGCAACAAGGGAAAUAAAGGAGACUGUGGUCCUCCUGGAGAAAAGGGUGAAGCUGGACGUGAGGGACUUCCAGGCCUGCCAGGAUUGAAAGGAGAGAAGGGUUUAAUAGGGCCAGUAGGAGACAUGGGUCCUGAGGGCCCAGCAGGACCUAAAGGGGACAGAGGUCCCGUUGGUGAACGUGGACCACCAGGAGACUUUGGGAUUGGACGUCCAGGACCUAAGGGUGAAAGGGGCUUUGAAGGAAGACCAGGUCCAAUGGGUCCAACUGGGAAAGGAGACAUUGGACCACCUGGUCCACCAGGACCAACUGGACCCCAAGGAAAGCCUGGACCCCAAGGAGAAGGAUUUCCAGGACCAAAGGGUGACCGAGGAUUUGAGGGUCCCCGAGGAAACCGUGGGCCUCCUGGUGUUGGGAUCAAAGGUGAUAAGGGUAAUCAUGGACUUCCAGGACUCCAAGGUCCAGUUGGUGAUCCUGGAAUUGGACUUCCAGGGGAAAAGGGAGUCCAGGGCCCAGUUGGGCUUCCAGGGUCUAGAGGACCUCCAGGAAUUGGGAUCAUGGGGCCAAAGGGCGACCAAGGCUUCCCUGGUGCACCUGGAGCACCGGGGGAGAGAGGUGUGGGAGCACCGGGACCGAAGGGUGAUUCUGGAGUUCCUGGUUUAUCAGGGUUACCUGGUCCACCAGGGGAGGACGGAGUCCCGGGACAAAAGGGUGAUGUAGGCUUACCAGGACCCAGAGGACCUGAUGGGAUUCCUGGUCGAGGACUUCCUGGAGGGAAGGGAGACAAAGGGGACCGAGGGAGCAGAGGCCAAUCAGGUCCACCGGGCCCAAUGGGGCAAAUGGGUCCAAAGGGGGAACCUGGAAAUAUUGGACUUCCAGGAUCAAUUGGGCCUCCAGGCAGGGGGAUUCCAGGUGCCAAGGGAGACCAAGGUCCACAGGGUCCAGCUGGAGCAGUUGGUGAGCCUGGGAUUGGUUUACCUGGACCCAAGGGAGAUCGAGGACCACCCGGUCCUGUCGGGCGACCAGGACUGAAAGGCGAAGGUUUCUUUGGACCCCCAGGACUUCCUGGACCUCCUGGUGUUCCAGGAGAGGCUGGACUGGAUGGAAUUGGUUUGCCUGGAUCCAAGGGGGACAGAGGGUUUCCAGGACCACCUGGUCCUGCUGGACCUCCAGGAAUUGGUCUGAUAGGUCAUAAGGGUUCUCCAGGUCCAAUUGGACCCCCUGGCCUACCGGGAUUACCUGGAGAAGGUAUAGAAGGACAGAAGGGGGACCCUGGAUUUCAGGGAAUUCCUGGACCCAGAGGUCCUCCAGGACAAGGUCUGCAGGGAGACAAGGGAGACAGAGGACUCAGAGGUGAGGCUGGGAAAAAAGGAGACAGAGGACUGCCAGGACAGCCAGGAGAUGUUGGCCCUGUGGGCCGAAUGGGACAGAAAGGAGAGCCGGGAUUAACAAGGAGUGAGAUCAUAGAAUUAAUCAGGUCCAUAUGCAACUGCAGCAAAGCCUGUCACCAAAAACCGCUAGAACUGGUGUUUGUGAUCGACAGCUCAGAGAGCGUGGGCCCUCAGAACUUUAAUGUGAUCAAAGACUUUGUGAACUCGGUGGUGGAUCGCACCACGGUCAGCCCCAAUGCCACGCGGGUCGGCGUUGUCCUCUACAGCAACAGUAAUUUAGUUGUGCUCAGCCUUGAGGAGGAAGCCACAGGAGAUGAGGUCAAAUCUGAAGUCCGUGCCAUGACCUACCUGGGUGAGGGCACCUACACCGGCAGUGCUAUUGAAAAAGCCUUCCAGGUGUUUGAAGCGGCACGGACAGAUGUGAGGAAGGUGGCUAUCAUCAUCACCGAUGGACAGACCGAUAUGAGAGAUGCUGUCAGCUUGGAGAGUGCUGUGACAAAGGCUAAAGACAGUAAUGUUGAGAUGUUUGUAAUUGGAGUGGUGAACAAUAGUGACUCUAACUCCAAGAAGUUUAUUGAGGAGCUCAACUUCAUUGCCUCAGAUCCUGACAGCGAUCACAUGUUCCUGAUCACAGACUUCGAUAAGCUUCGAGCUCUAGAAAUGAGACUCCUGCCUUGCGUCUUUGAAGAGGGAAAGGCUGUGUUGUUUGACCCAGUAACAAUCAGCAAGAUACUUCUUCCUGGGCUCCCAGAAGACAUCAGUAACAAUGAUAAACUUCCAUUUUGGGUGGAUGGAGACACUCUGACCUUCCCAGGAGAGUUCAGGAGUGUUCAAAUAGUGCCAGGAUUUCCAGAAUCCCAUUUCAACGGUGAGUUGGUCCUUUCACAGGGACCGGAAACAGGCUGCAAUCAGUCCCUGGAUCCAGGCCCAUGUCGGGACUACAUCGCAAAGUGGUACUAUGAUGCCAAGUCGAACUCCUGCGCCCAGUUCUGGUUUGGAGGCUGUCAAGGAAACCAAAACCGCUUUGAUUCAGAGCAGAAAUGUAGAGAGACUUGUGAAAAGUUCUAAUUCUCUUAACAAUAACAAAAUAUAUGUUAUUAAGUAAAGCUAGUAAAACAUUUUUGGUCUAACUUUAUAUGCGACUGCUCCAUAAAAUGUACCACUAUAUGUUUUAGUGCUUUCAUCUCUCUUUUAGUACCCGUUACUAUUUGUGUUGUUAAAUGAACUGAUUGUAAUCGCCAGUGGAUAUAAUCACAUUUACCAUUAAUAAUAAAUGUCUCUUUUAUACUUUUGACAGGAAA